GCAACAAAAUAUAUUAGUGGUUGUAACUAUUUAACAAUUGGAAUGGUAGUUUCAAUUUAUAGUCAUUUACUUGAUACAUUAGAAAAAUUUAUUAAACAAUCAUCAAUUAUAACUAUUAAAAAUGUAGCUAAAGCUGCUAAAAACAAGCUCAAAAAAUAUUAUCCAACUACAGAUGGAUUGGUUUAUAUUAUUGGAACAAUUUUAAAUCCUAGACAUAAAUUAACCUAUUAUAAAGAACAUGAAUUUGAUGAUUAUAUUAAAUUAUAUAAUAAUCAAAUUAAAAAUUUAUGGAAAUCUAAAUAUCAACCUUAUCAAAAUAAUCAAAAUGAUAAUCAAGAUGAUAAUAAUCAAGAUAUUGAUCAAGAUACUGAUCAAGAUAAUGAUCAAAAUAGUGAUCAAGAUGAUAUUAAAAAGGUUAAUAUUGAUGAAUUAGAUAUUUAUUUAAGAGAUCCUGCUAUUGAUCCUUAUAAAAUUUUAGAUAUUUUAAAUUGGUGA